ACCGCCCCUCGAUUUCAAUCCACUCCACCUCACAGCAUCCACUGCCCACUGCCAGGUGCCUCCAGGUUGAAUUCAGGAUUGAGCCCUGCCAACCUACCAACCGAUAAUCGCAUCAAUCCAUCCUAACCAUCCAUCUUCAAUUCCCCCCCCAAAAAAAGAACAGAAAAAGGUUCAUACGACCGUGGUCGAACCCCAUCACCUCACGUUCACAAUGUCUCUCCCCGCCCGCACCGCAUCCAUCUCCCGCAGCACCAACGAGACCAAGAUCCAGGUCUCGCUCUCCCUGGACGGCGGCAUCCUGCCCCCCUACGAACCCAGCCAACACUUCCCCGCGCCGACCGACCCCGCGGAGGCCGAAGCCGCGAAGAAGGGCAUUGUCCCGCCCAAGGAUGCCGCACACGCCACCCAGUUCACCCCGACGCAGCAGAUCACCGUGAGCACGGGCAUUGGGUUCUUGGAUCACAUGCUGCACGCGCUGGCGAAGCACUCGGGCUGGAGUCUGGCGGUCCGCGCCAAGGGAGAUCUAUACAUCGACGACCACCACACAACUGAAGACACUUUCCUCGCCGUUGGAUCGGCAUUCACCGAGGCUCUGGGCGCGCGACAGUCGCUGGCGCGGUUCGGGCGCGGGGACGCGCCGCUGGACGAGGCUCUGUCGUGGGCGGUGAUCGAUCUGUCCAGCCGGCCGUGGGCGGUCAUCAACCUGGGAUUCCGUCGGGAGAAGAUCGGGGAUCUGAGCACGGAGAUGAUCACCCACGGUUUGCAGAGUUUCGCCCAGGCGGCCGGCGUGACGCUGCACGUGGGCUGCACCUAUGGCGACAACGACCACCACCGGGCGGAGAGUGCGUUCAAGGCGCUGGCCGUGGCGAUUCGGGCGGCGUGCACAAGACGGGUUGCAGGCGAGGUCGGCGCGGGCGAUGUUGUGAGUACCAAGGGAGUUUUGUAGAUUGCAAGAGGGUUGAAUUGCGAUUCGUUUUAAAAAUGAUAGACCAAGUCAUACCGUGUCAUAUUGUUGUUACACCUAGGAGAUAUCACCUUCUAAUGCUAUCCCUCCCGCACCCACCAACCCAA